AUGGCGCCAGCAAAGGCAAAAGCCAAGGCUCAGGCAAAGACAGCUAAACCGAGCACCAAAAAGGCAACAAUCAUCAGCAAAAAAAGUACACCGGCUAAUAAGAAAAAAGUUAAAGAAAAAGGAUGUUGCUGUGGAGCAGCUGCCGAGGAUUUAAGCUCUACAGAUUUUACCAGCAGCAAUGAUUCAUACACGGAAUCUUCAGAUAUCACAACAGACUCCACGGAAUCGCCGUCUAAAUCCGACACUUCCACCAAAUCUUCUGGCACCUACUCUGAUUCGAGCGACAGUUCCUCAGAAUUCUCUGACACCGAUGAUUGUGAUACUGAGUCCGAUGAUUCAGAAUUGUUAAAAUGUAACAAAUGUUCGAUCCGCAAGCGUGGUGGAAAAAAAAUCGCCGCAGCACGUGCCGCAGCCAUCGCUGCCAAGGGCCAGCGCCAUAAGAAAAAGUCACAUCGCAAAGAAUACGAAAAAAUUGAUUCACCAGAGGGCUACCCUGAUCUUUCUUCAAGAAAAAAUCGACGUAAAUGUUGCUGCUAA